GCAGAGUUGUGUUGUUUACUGAAGUUAAAGUUGUGCAUGUGCUUUUUUCUCAAGAUUUAUCUUAAAAAUUCAUUGAAACCCGAGUAAUAGCGAGAAAAUCCGACAUCAGGAAUGGAGGAAAACAAGAAAUGCGAUGAGAAACAGUCAGUAGCUGUGCCUAAAGUGGACACUGAUGACGAGAUGGUCGGAGAAUCCGAGGAGUAUAUUUCGGUGUACAGCUUCCUCGUUCCGAUCGAGGAUUACGUGCCAGAGGAAUCUGAAAAACCGGUCAAAGUCUAUCCGAAGUACCUGUUUGGACCAAGUUCGGAUGAGGACAUGGAACCGGAUGACUUUCUGUUCAGAAAGAAACCCAACAAUGAUCAAGAUUUGAAGAUUUUCAAGUACGAUACACAGGAAGCACCAGUCGAGAAGGAAUCACCAAAAGAGAAGAAACCUGCACGGAAGGUUAUCCGGCGAUCUUUUCGCCAACGGAAGUUGCCGGCGCGAUACGACUCGUACGAAAUGGCCCAGGACGAUAAGCCACCGGUGCGUUCCGCGGCCAAGAGAGUCGCUAAGCGCAAAUAGGCCGUGCAUGUCGGCUUGGUAUUUUUUAUCUCACAUUUGACUUUAAAAACUGUUUCGUUUCGUCAGGAUGUUAACUAAUUCGUUGCAUUGUUUUUUACCUUGUAAGUUUCAGAUUCAAACUAAUAAAUAAAUAUGUUGACUUG